AGAACCAACCUACAAAGCGCUGGUACCGGUUAAUGGUCGACAGGCUCCCCUGAUUCUCUCUUAGUUAUGCUGGUUGAUUUUAAUUGAUGCCAACAUUCACGUAGCCUGUAAAUUGGUCCCCGACAAAGAUAUGACUGUCAUGGAGUUGGUUUCGAGAAACGGCCCCCAGUCGUACUUGCCAUCCAAGCACCGCUACCACCACUCGUCCGUGCCUAGACCUAGUAGCUGAUCGUCUAGCUUCCAACGAAAGUGAGUCUGAAGAGACAGGAUGAGCAUGGAAGGAACUGACACGUUGGUGUUUUUCUGCAAUGGAGUUAAGGUUGAGGAAGAUAAUGUGGACCCCGAGAUGAAUCUCUUGGUUUACCUGAGGACAAAAUUACGCUUGACCGGUACAAAGGCAGCUUGUGGUCAAGGAGGAUGUGGAGCUUGUACUGUGAUGAUAUCAUCAGCUGACCCUUACACUAAGAAAAUCAGCCAUGUAGCAGUAACUGCAUGCUUGUUGCCUCUAUGUCUGGUACAUGGGAGAGCUGUGACUACUGUGGAAGGUGUGGGGGAUGUAAGAACUGGGCUACAUGCGGUUCAGGAGCGCCUUGCCAAGCACCAUGGCACACAGUGUGGGUUCUGCACCCCAGGUAUGGUGAUGUCAGUGUACGCCCUGCUACGUAACAACCCUAAACCAGGCAUGGAUGACAUCAUGACAGCUAUAGAAGGUAACCUGUGCCGAUGUACAGGCUACAGGCAGAUCCUGGAUGGCUUCAGGACAUUCUGUGGGGACAACUGUUACUGUGCUGGGAAGGAACAGGAGACACAGACCAAAGAAGGGGCAGACAUGAAGGUGCCUUCACUGACAAGCAAGACUUACAAAGGAUUCGACCCCACCCAAGAGCCGAUAUUCCCACCGGAUUUACUGCUUGAUCAUGACAAUUAUACAAGGUCAGUGACAUUCAAGAAAGGUCAAACUAAAUGGGUUAUAGCAUCCUCCCUCAAUGAGAUCAUUCAGUUGAAGAGCAAGUAUCCUGCGGCUCCCUUCAUAGUAGGCAACACCAUUAUAGGUAACAAAAGGAGAGCAGGGUCAACCUACCCCAUGGUCAUCUCCCCUGGUCCAUUGAUUGAAGAAUUGACCCAGGUCACGACCUCUGACCUUGGUAUUACGAUAGGCUGCGGAGUCACGAUGACCCAAUUGAGUCAGGAACUGAGCAACUUGAUGGGAGUCUUACCUGAAUAUCAAACAAAAACAUUUGCAGCUAUCGUCAAAUUGGUGAAACAGUAUGCCAGUCCACAGAUCAGGAACAUGGCUAGUCUGGGUGGCACGAUUUGGAGAUUUUCAAGAAAAGGAGACUUGGUCCCCCUGCUGGUGGUUUGCGGGGCUACUGUGACCCUCAUAAAACAAGGAGGUGAAAGAGAGGUGGUCCUGGAUGAGAACUUUAGGAAGUCAGCAGAAAAUUCCAUGACAGAAACAGAGAUAGCCAAGCAUGUCUUCAUACCAUACACAUCAAAGCAUAAAUACUGCUAUGCCCACAAGAUCAGUCAGAGAAGGAGGAACUGUCUAGCUACAGUCAACAGUUCUUUCUUCUUUGUGAUGGAUGCUACAGACACCAGCCACGUUUCAAGUCUCACCAUCAUGUUCGGAGGAGAGAGUCUUGUAGGACCUUUACGGUUCAGAGAUAGGACCCUCGAUCAAAGGUUUCUCUGUGACGUUCUGAAUUUGAUAUCUGCAAACAUGACCCAGGAAGCGGGUCAUAGAGAAGGUGACCUGAACAGUGCAGGGUUCAAAGGUUGCCUAAUGGCAACGUGUUUCAUCCGAAGCUUUGUCAGCCUCUGUAAGGAAACUGGUAACGCCAAGAUUCUAGAAGAGACCACUGCUCUGGGUGUUCCUCUGACUGAUGCUAGUCUCCUUACCAGCCUGUCUGAUGGGACAUUCACCAGUGCUCAGGUCUUUCAGCCUCCACCCGAGAGUCAACCUGAUAUUGACCCUAUAGGGCGCCCUCUGGUUCACCUGUCGGCCUUUGAGCAGUGCUCCGGAGAGGCGGUCUACACAGAUGAUAUCCCUCCAGUAGAUGGUGAGCUGUCACUCGCUCCAGUAUUGAGCAGUCGGCCUCAUGCUAAGAUUAUAUCCAUUGAUCCGUCGGAGGCCUUAGCUCUGAGAGGGGUCGUCCGGUUUGUAUCUCACUCAGAUGUACCAGGAACCAAUGGACAAAUACUGAAUCCUAAGGAGGAAGUGAUUUUCUCUACAUUAGUCGAGGCUGUUGGACAGCCUGUGGGUGGUAUUGUUGCUAAAGACAGACAGACUGCGCUGAAGGCUGCUAAGCUCGUCAAAGUUCAUUAUGAAGAUAUACAACCUGCUCUUAUGACCAUACAGCAUGCCAUCACUCAUAACUCCUACCUGGAGCCCGAGCCAAGGGUUCUGACGAGGGGAGAUGCAGACACAGCCCUCAGAGAAGCACCCCGCAGCCUAGAAGGGGAGUUUAGCAUCGGGGGACAGGAUCACUUCUACAUGGAGCCACGAGCCUGCAUCGCUAAGCCGCUAGAACGGGAUGGAAUGGAGCUGACGCUGACGACCCAGGCUCCUAAUAACGUACAGAUGGAUGUCGCUCACUGUCUGGGGAUAGAUGCAAAUAAAGUGGUGUGUAAAUUAAAGCGCCUUGGUGGAGCCUUUGGCGGAAAGGAUACCAGACAUCAAUUCGCCAUGAUUACCGCUGUAGCAGCUUACAAGGUCCGCAAGCCUGUUAGACUGUGCUUAUCAAGAUCCGAUGACACCAUCAUGAGAGGGUUCAGGAGUCCCUUCCUGGCCAAGUAUCGCGUCGGCUUUGAUGAUCAGGGAAGAAUCCAGGCUUUAGAUGUUACGCUCUAUUGUGAUAGUGGAUGGAGCACUGACCUUUCACCUUUCAUUCUUGGACGAGCCAUGCUUCAUUUUGACAGCGCGUAUUCGCUGCAGCACAGUCGAAUCACUGGAUAUCUGUGCAAGACUAACAAUCCAUCGAACACAUCUAUGAGAGGCUUUGGUCUACCUCAGGGGAUGGCCACCAUGGAACAUAUUUUAUCACAAGUGGGACUAGCAUGUGGCAUUCCUCAACGACAGGUUCUUGAGAUCAACUUGAAGAGUGAUGGAGAAGCCAUGUACGAAGGCCAGACUCCACUCAACAUGGUGGUCAUUAGGAAAUGUUGGCAGACGUGUCUUGAACAGAGCAGAUAUGAGGAGAGACUGCAAGAGAUUGAGAGGUUUAAUGAGAGCAAUCGUUGGAAGAAGCAGGGUAUAGCAAUCACCCCCAUGAUAUAUGGAACUGGCUUCUAUGAUUGGACCCCUAUGAACCAGGGAGCAGCUCUCGUACACAUCUAUACCGAUGGCUCUGUUCUUGUUCAUCAUGGUGGGGUCGAAAUGGGGCAGGGUCUACACACCAAGAUCAUACAGAUUGCGAGUAGGGUUCUUGGUCUACCAGUGGAGAAGAUACAUACCACGGAUACCUCAACAGAUCGUGUCCCUAACACCACUUCCUCGGCUGGUAGUAUAUGUACAGAGCUCUGUGGAGGGGCUGUAAAGAAUGCUUGUGAAACCCUACUGGAUCGGUUGAAGCCCUUCAAGGAUGCCAAUUCAUCGGGGAGCUGGGAGCAAUGGAUAUUUGCUGCUUAUUGUGCCAAGGUUAGCCUAUCGGCUACAGGUUUCCACAAAAUGGAAGGUAUCGAUUGGGAUUGGGGAACCCAGAAGGGAAAGCCUUUUACUUACAACACGUACGGUGUCGGGGUGUCCCAUGUUGAGAUUGAUUGUCUGACUGGUGAGCAUCGUCUUCUCCGUACCGACCUCGUCUUGGAGAUAGGAAAAAGCAUCAAUCCAGCCCUCGACAUUGGCCAGAUUGAAGGAGGCUUCAUUCAGGCAUAUGGAUACUAUACAAUAGAACAACUUAAGAUGUCAAGAGAGGGAGCCCUUCUCACUGAAGCUCCGCAAACCUACAAGAUCCCCCUAGCGUCCGACAUACCGGCUGAAUUCAACGUGACGCUGCUGAGGGAGGGCAUGGACAAUAUCAGCACGGUCUACUCCUCAAAGGCCAUCGGAGAGUGUUCUAUCGUCCUGGCCAUGUCUGUACUCUUUGCCAUCAAGCAUGCAAUCACGUCAUCACGGCAGGAUCAGGGCAUGAUGGGCCCAUUCACACUCAACUCUCCAGCUACUGUAGAAGAAAUUAGGAUGGCUUGUGGAGGUGACAGAUUGAUCAAGUAUGAACAGGGCUCAAAAGAUGAAUAGAAACCAUUCACACUCAACUCUCCAGCUACUGUAGAAGAGAUUAGAAUGGCUUGUGGAGGUGACAGAUUGAUCAAGUAUGAACAGGGCUCAAAAGAUGAAUAGAAGGAGAUGUGUUAUUAAUCAAUGUGUGUAGGGGCAAUUCACAUUUAAGUCUCCAGCUACUGUAGAAGAAAUUAGGAUGGCUUGUGGAGGUGACAAAUGGAUCGAAUAUGAACAGGGCUCAAAAGAUGGAUAGAAGGAGAUGUGUUAUUGAUCAAUGUGUGUAGGGGCAAUUCACAUUUAAGUCUCCAGCUACUGUAGAAGAAAUUAGGAUGGCUUGUGGAGGUGACAAAUGGAUCGAAUAUGAACAGGGCUCAGAAGAUGAAUAGAAGGAGAUGUGUUAUUGAUCGAUGUGUGUCAGGACAAUUCACAUUCAAGUCUCCAGCCCGCUGUUGGAGAGAUUAGAAUGAUUUGUGAGGUGACAUGUGAACAGGUCUCUCAAAUGCUGAAUAGAAUUAUACAAAUUUCAGGGGUCUAAUUCACUUGAAGGAAUCAUUCACACUUGACUCAAUCUCUAGCUACUGUUUAAGUGAAUAUAAUAGCUUGUUGUAAUGAAACAGAGGUGAAACAAUGAAUGAAAAAAUUAACAGUUUGAACGAUCUAUGUUGGAGAAAUGACUUGCACAAGACUCUCAAGCCUCUGAUUAGGAUGACUUGUGUAGGUGACAGAUUAGUCAAAUCUGAACAGGAUUCAAUUUCUGAAGAGAAUGAGAUAAUUAAGUGAUCUGGGCAAGACUGUCCGUUCUCAGUUUUCUCUCCAGAUUAUAUGGAAUAGCUAGAUUGUGUUGGUUUGUCGGAUUUAAAGAUAGUUGUCUUUCAUAUCUUAGGCCAUAAAAGUUGUGAUGUUCAUUGUCAAAAGCACCAUUUUCUGAGGUUCUUAUUGAGCAAAAUAAUGUCUCUGUUUACGCAAAUAUAUACUGUGAAUGCACAUGAGGUCGAAUAAACACAAACAGACAAAGGUCUCACUUUA